AUGUCGUCUUCUGCAGCCAAGGAGAUUGACGCACUCAUUCGCGAUGUGGCUGCGGCUUCCAAGUUACCAGCCAAGUCCCGAAUGGGAGAUAUCAGGCCUACAGUGGCAAGCCUGACCUCUUUGGCCUACGAAAAUGGCUUACUGCCGGAAGCACUUGAUCAGCUUAUUGAUCUGGUUGUUGCACCCAGCCACCUUGAUCAGGCUAGUCGAAAUGCCAUAGUUAGAAAUCUGUAUCCUGUCUCCAGAGUAUCCCGCGAUGUUGCCAUUCGUGUUAUUGGGGCUCUUGGCCAUGGAGCACUUAAACCUUCGCUCAGUAUCCAGGUAGCACUUUUGAAAUGGCUCAUCAUGAUUCACCACGUGCUGGAAACCCCAGCCGUGUUCGCUCAAGCCUACAGUGUUCUCUUCAAUUUGCUCAAUACGGCAGCGAUUCGACCCAAUCUCUGCCAUUUACUUGCACUCAUCACACGAAGAAAGCAUGUUAGACCCUUUAGGAUCCAAGCUCUCUUGAACUUAUCACGGCAGACUGCCAAUGAUCCUUACUUAAUCGGCCUUCUUAGAGUCUACAAAGACUAUUAUCCUGAAAUCAUCUUGGGAGAGCUAGUUCGAGGCAGGGCCUCAGCCUUCAAGCAUCCGGACAUAUCGUGGAAAGAAAGGCUUCAGGAAGUACAAGAGGCUUAUGCCCUGCAAGCAGAGAAGAAUUCACAAGCUAUUCUUGACGGCUUCCGGGUUAAUCGCCCCACUGGUCGAGGCCGAGGAAACAGAGUUGUACCAGCCGUCCACACGUCUCAUGCCACAGAGAAUUCUGUCACUUUGGAAGAAGUCGAGAACAUCACAGGCUUUGUACAGAAUAUUGACAGGAUAGAGCUACCCAACCAACUUGUGGCCGUCCUCGCGGAUCCCUUGUUGCAAAAGCUGCUGCUUCUGCGUCCAAACGCAGAGGCUUACCAACGGGUAGCGAACUGGCUCAACUCGGUUCUGCAAAAUGUCAUUGAUGGCGAUGCUGACGAAGCCGUGCUCUGGGAAGUUUUGGAUGUCGUAAAAGAAUUUGUGGUGCAAAAAUUGUAUAAACACAUCUUGCAACCACUAGAGCUGGCUAUCUUGGAUAAUACGCCAGGCUCCCAGGAGGAAAUUCUACGUCUAUGUACCAACAUACUCCGUCACUGGACUGCCAUAUUACAAUCGAGCGAUCCAGUUCCAGCCCAUGCAAAUACGAGCAUCACGGCGUUGAUACGCCAUACCGGGCGACUCAGUCUCACUCUUCUACAAACCUCUCCCACAGAGUCGGUGAAUAUCGCCAUCAUCGAGUUCUAUGAACAGGCGAUUCACCUCGUCAAUGACGAUUCUCUCAAAUACUAUAUACGGAUUGAACUGCCACCAUCCGAGCUGAUUUAUACGUUCUUGUUCAGCAGUUCAGUGGCGACCAUGUCUCGCCUAUGUGGCAUCUUGGCCUGCUACAAAAAAGGCUUCGAAAUGGCCAUGUCAACAAAGGCAAGAAAUGAUGGCUCUAAUCGAAUCGAUGCGCUCUCUUAUGACCGAGCCUACGUGAAUCUCUAUAACGGGUAUCUUAUGGAUAUCUGUAACUGCUUCUGGCGAAGCAGGGCUUUUAGCGAUGCAGAUACCAACUCUCAUGGCUGCCUGAUGCCACGGCGUACCGUGGCCAACCUCACGGCAUAUGUCUCUUCAGUGGACAAGGCGUUCUCUUUGCCUUCACUUCUUACGUUGUCAUAUUCGCCUGUACUCUGUUUUCAGAGCAUUCGCUCGGUGCGAGAUCUUGAGGACGCCGCCAUAGGAAGCAGCGAUAACGCCAUAAGGACAAGACACGCCGGGCCUGUGACACAAAACAGUCUUUCGAAAUUGGCUGUCGCGGGAGGUGUACAGCUUUCAUGGCAAGACUAUCGCAUCGAAGUAUUGAGAUCACUUGCGGAAAAGAGCCUUGGUGGCAUCGCCGAGCUGUUGAAAAACACAAUGACAGUGCUGAAGAACUCAAUGGAUGCAACACCACGAGCACGAGCAAAAAUGUCCAUAUAA